GCUAAAUAAUAUUGAUACUCUGCAAAAUACUUUGGAACGUGAACUGUCAAACAAGUCUGGAUGAAAUAACCUCAAAAUUCUUUUCGAAAUCUCUCAUAAAGCUAUAGUGGAUACAGAAAAUAUUAAAAAAUGAAGCGGCAUAUAACAGAUGUAUCGAAAACAUUAACCGCUACUGGAUAUACAAAGUGUUUACCACUCAGCAGAUUUAUAAGCACACAGGAGGCCGUGGAACGUCGUAAUCACAUUUUCUCACUAGAAAAGAAGCGGCAAAUAGAACAAGUUGGUAGAAUUGAGAAAAUUGAGGUUAGAUACAAAGGUAUCCCCAAAGAUACAACUUUUAUUAUGAACAAGGAUUUAUCAACACCGUACGACUGCACCAAACAUUUGGGCCAGUGGUACAUGGAGUCUAGUGCACUGGCUGUGCUUGAUGGCUCUGUGUAUUGGGAUAUGCACAGACCACUUACAGAAAGCUGUACACUUGAAUUACAACACUUCAAAGUGUCGGAGCCUCAGCAAGUGAACAAGGCGUUCUGGCGCACCUGCUCGCUGGUACUGGGCGCGUGCGCUACUAACGCAUUCAAAACCAGUGUGCCCGUCAUCCUGCAUAGUUUUCCACAGCCUGAUAUUCGCAGUGGCUCUUUCAUCUACGACGUGGAUCUGCCCUCCUUACCUGACUGGCAGCCCACCCACCAGGAGCUGGUGACCCUCGGCGCGGAGUACGUGAAGUUCAUAAGACAGAACCAUGCGUUAGAACGGCUGGAGGUCAGCGCAGCGUUGGCACAAGAGAUGUUCGUGGACAACGAGCACAAGACCGCACAGAUUCCAAGCAUAGCCAGGACGAAUGGUAAAGUGACAGUAUACAGGGUGGGUGAUCAUGUAGACAUAUCUAAGGGUCCCCUGAUAUCCAACACUUCACAGAUAGGACGAGCAUCCAUCACAUCUGUGCAUAAAUUAACAGGUUCUUCAGAAAGCGGAGUAAAGCAGCUGUACAGGUUCCAGGGCGUGGCGUUGCCCACUGGAGUGGUACUGAAUCAUUUUGCGUUCAGCAUCCUCACAGACAGAGCUAAGAAACUGAACUCAGCAAGGUCACCUCUAGGUCCUGAUAUAUUUGGCAAGAAAGAGGAUGAUAUGGAGGUCCAACAGAGUGCCGCUGCCAAAGCAUAAUAAUAUUUAGUGAUUGUUAGUUAGUGUAUUGUAUAAGUUAUUAUAAAUGUUAAGAAUGA